CAUAUUUUAUCUCCACUAUCGUGUGAAAAAAAAAAACUAGAUUAUGAAGCAUUAUUGGUUUGAACUGUUUAAAAAACUAGAAUCUGUCGAUGCCAGCGCUGCUCAAAGGCUUGUUGCCCAGCCAGUUUUAUCCAUGGAGUUGCCUAAACCAAAACAAUGAAUUGGUCAACAGGCUAGAUCUGAAAUGUCCUACCAGCCUUGCUAAGAAUUCGAAAUUGCGAGCCACAAAUUGCAUCUAAAGUGCUGUUCUCUGUAACCGGUAUGCGCGGCCAUUAGAGAAAUGCAGCAAACAGCUCAACAUGGCCUUCCAUCUAGGGAGGAGACCCGAUCAGGACGUGUUCAAACCUCUGACUUUGCUUGUAGUUGGUGUACCGAUAUUUUUAUCUGGAGGGUCAUACAAAAUGCAGCAAACGGGAUCAGUAGUUGCAGUCGUUCGGUGAUCUGUUGAUCAAACAGAACACCAUGUGUCCUGGGAUGAAGCGAGCGGUACCUUGCAUCGUGUCGUUCACCUUGACACCUCGUCUUGUCUGACAUGCUUGGUACGAAUGUACUGAAGAAUCUGUCAAUGCUGGUGCUCAAAAGUUUCUUGCCAGGCAAGUUUCUUGCUGGAGUUGGCUUUUUUUAAUCAAAAAGGGGAGUUGUUAAUUCUUAUUUCUUAAUAAAAUUUUAUUUUAUAUGGUGAACCAAUCGGUUGGUGAACAAGUUCCUUGAAGUUUCUUCCAACCUUCCAAGAACCGUUCAAUGUAGACACGGUUGAUGUCAAUCAAGGAUAAAAGAUUGCCGUGACAAGGCGCCGUCCUUACUUCCUACCCAAGACCAGCCACUGGAUAAUGUUUAUCCUCUACAAGUGCAUAAUUCUGCCACUGCCCCUUCGGAUGAUUCAAGCACCAAAUUAGGCCAGACACAUCCAAACACACGAAAAAUGUAUAAGGCCGGGUAUAUGCAGACCGGCGGCUAGCCUAGUUACCUUGUUCGAGUAGUCUUUUGCCCCAGAUCCCGGGACAAGAAACACCAGCCAUCAUGUGGUCAAAGAAUCAGCCACACCUCCACAGCCUCCUGCUUAUCGUCGUUCCAUUCCUCCUUGUUUCCACAGCCUCUGCCGCGAAUCCUGGAUCUGACAUCCUCGACAAGGCCCGCAACAUCACCGACGGUGGGACCCUUGUCUCAGCUGGUGGGUCAUUCACCCUGGGUUUCUUCCCUCCUGGGAUGCUAGGCAAGAGAUACCUUGGGAUUUGGUUCUCCAUGGAUGAGGACGCCAUCUGUUGGGUAGCCAACAGAGACCGUCCUCUCACUGAUGCUCGCGGGGCGCUGAUGAUCAGUGACAGGGGAAACCUUCUCUUGAUUGAUAGCUCCGGCCAGGUCGUGUGGUCUUCAAACACGACAGGCACUGCCUCAACGACUGUGCAGCUGCUCGAGUCCGGCAACCUAGUCUCGAGAGAUGGGAACGCCAGCGGUGCCAUCACGUGGCAGUCGUUUGACCACCCGUCGAACACAUUGCUGCCCGGCAUGAAGAUUGGCAAGAACCUAUGGACCGGGGAAGAGUGGUACCUCACGUCAUGGCAUUCGGCUGACGACCCUGCCACAGGGAAUUUUCGCUACAUCACUGACACGGAGGGCGUACCACAAAAUGUGAUGUUGGAUGGUGGCAAAAGGAUUUACCGCACGGGACCGUGGAACGGCCUACGGUUCAGUGGUGUCACGGAGAUGGGCACGUAUUCUGACAUGUUCAUCUACCGAUUGACGAGCAGCCCAAGCGAGAUAACCUAUGGCUAUGUCGCCAAGGCUGGAACGCCCUUCUCACGUCUAGUUCUGACCGACGACGGAUUAUUCCGACGCCUGGUAUGGGACGGGAGCAGUCGGGCGUGGAAGAUCUUCUUCCAAGGGCCGAGGGACAUCUGCGACCAGUACGGCAGGUGUGGGGCAUUUGGACUGUGCAACGCCAGUGCACCGUCGACGUCGUUCUGCAGCUGCGUCAGGGGGUUCAGCCCAGCAUCUCCCAUGCAGUGGAAGAUGAGGGACACCUCCAACGGUUGCCGCCGAAAUAUGACAUUGGACUGUGGUAAUGGAAUAUCCACCACGGAUGGUUUUGUUGUGAUGCAGGGAGUGAAGCUUCCUGACACGCACAACGCAUCAGUGGAUGCUAGCAUCACGUUGGAGGAGUGCAGGACGAGGUGCCUGGCCAACUGUUCUUGUCUGGCGUAUGCUCCAUUGGAUCUCAAAGGAGGAGGCACUGGAACAGGCUGCAUCAUCUGGAGAGAGGACCUCAUGGACCUCCGGCAUGUAGAUGGGGGGCAAAGCCUGUUUCUGAGAUCAGCCAAGUCAGAAUUAGGUGAAGCGCAGCCACCCAAGUCGUUUCCUACUGGGAUUGUUAUUGGUGUAACAGUGCCCCUGGUCACUAUAAUUCUGGCUCUCGUUGCUUUCUGGUUUUCCCCCUGGAGGAGACGAUGGAACAGAGAAAGAAUAUCAGUAGACAAUCCUCCAAGGGUUGUAGACAAUGCUCCAAGGGUUGAAGAAAAUGUCGCUCCUCCGAAUCUUGCGUUACUCACGACGUCCUUUCCUGCAGUCGGUCUUCAUGCUGUAGUACAGGCUACAGGAAAUUUCUCCGAAGCAAAUAUCAUUGGCAAAGGCGGAUUUAGUGUCAUCUACAAGGGGGAGCUAGAUUGUUAUGGAACGGUUGCUGUAAAGAGGCUCAAACAAGAUAGUCUUAGCGAGAAAAUGAAGGGGGAUUAUGCAAGGGAAAUAGUACUGAUGUCAAGGUUCACGCAUGCCAAUCUUGUUAAGCUUCUCUGUUAUUGCCAAGAAAAUGCUGAGUGCAUACUUGUCUACGAGUUCAUGAGGAACAGGAGUUUGAAUCUCUACAUAUUUGGAGAAGAUAGCAGCCUCCGCUCCUUGCUGAAUUGGGCGCAAAGAGUAAAAAUAAUUCGUGGGAUCGCGGUGGGUCUGGAAUGGCUUCACGGCGAGGGAGUCAUUCACAGGGAUCUAAAACCUGGCAAUAUACUUCUGAAUGACACAUUGGAACCUAAGAUAGCAGACUUUGGCACUGCUAAGACGUUAAUUGAGGACCCGACAAAUCAGACGUUGGUGCAGACAGCGGGAUAUGUGGCUCCAGAAUAUGCAGGGGAAGGGACCCUGACAGACAAGUGUGAUGUAUACAGCUUCGGAGUUGUCUUGCUGGAGAUAGUCAGAGGCAAAAGAAAAAAAGAUGAGCCGGUGUUCCUUCCUCAAGUCUGGGAAUCGUGGAAGCAAUGCGAGAUCGGGGAGCUUCUUGAUCCGCAAGUGGGUGAACCUGAAGAGGCCUUUUCAGUGCUGGCCAGGUGCAUCCAUAUUGGCCUUCUCUGCGUGCAGCAUUUGCCUGAACAGAGGCCUGCCAUGCCUGAAGUUGUGGCAAUGCUAACAAACACCGGCACACAGCUCCGCAUGCCAGGCAACCCCACGGCCAAUAGCGGAGCUGGCCCUCGCGCACAGCCGAUGUCAAAUGACACCCCCGGUCCGAGCCGGACCUUGUGAGUCGUGACCAUCCAUCACUUGAACAGUUUGUGAUAUCUUGGUACGAAAAUGAAAUCCUUUCACGUUUGAGCGCCUCCUCCAUUGCGUUUCAGCUUAUCAGGGUGACACGGUGAGAGUGCGUGCAAGAGGAAUAUUAUUCAGACAGUUGCAGCAUUCUAACUUUGUCUCUUAACACUGGAUGCUGCCUUCGUUUUCAUUUUCCUUUCCGGGUAUUUG